AUGGAGACCUCCAGUAAGCCCAAUUUCAGCAAUAAGCCCAGGCACGUGCGCCGCUCCUUCAAGAUCCGCCGCUCAACCAAGAUGACUGGCUUGCCCUCCGACCCCGAAGCCUACCUCCGCCAGGGCCGGCGUACCCCUACUAUCGUCGGUCAUGACGACUCCAGCAUGCCCAUCGAGCGCAAGGUGGCCAUCGUGGGCAUCGGCUGCCGCUACGCCAACGGCAUCGACUGCGUCAAGAGGUUCUGGGAGGUGCUGGCCAAGGGGCUGGACUGCACGGUACCCCCGCCGCCGGACCGCUUUGACGCCUCGUUCUUCCUGUAUCCGGGCAAAAAACUGCCGGGGAAGAUGUUCAACAAGUGCGCCGGGUAUCUGAACCAAAACCCGGAAAUUUUCGACAGGCAGUUCUUCAAGAUCUCGCCAGAGGAGGCCAACCAGCUGGAUCCUCAGGUUCGACUGAUGCUUGAGGUAGUCUGGGAGAGUUUCGAAGACGCAGGCAUCCCAGCGUCCACCGCCCGUGGAUCCAAGACGGGAGUCUUUAUGGGCGUCACGGCCAGCGAAUACGGCGUCCUGGUAGCCAUGCCCAACGAGAACAUCAACCAGUACACCAACUCGGGCACCAACUCUUGCAUGGUGGCCAAUCGCAUCUCCUACGAGUUCGAUCUUCGCGGGCCGAGUUUCGUCAUUGACACGGCCUGCUCCUCUUCCUUGUACGCCAUACACAUGGCCUGUGAGGCCAUCCGGAAAGGGGACUGCGACAUGGCCGUAGCCGGAGGGGUUAACAUCUCCCUGAUCCCGGUGACUAGCAUUGGAUUCUGCCAGGCUGGGAUGCUGUCCCCGGACGGCAAGAGCAAGAGCUUUGAUCGAUCGGCAGAUGGCUACGCUCGUGGUGAAGGAGCAGGGGCCGUGAUACUGAAACCACUGCGGCAGGCACUGGAGGAUGGGGACAGAAUCUACGCAGUUGUGCGUGGGGGAGCUUUGCAUAACGACGGAAGGACCCCGGGCAUCGCCAACCCGAGUUUUGACGCCCAGGUGUCCCUAGCAGAGUUUGCAUACAAGAACGCUUGCACUGACCCUGAGGACGUUGCUUAUGUGGAGGCUCACGGAACAGGCACGCAGAUCGGAGACCGGACAGAGGCUAACGCGCUGGGCGAAGCCAUGAGCCUGAACCGUAAACCCGACCACCCACCCUUGUACAUUGGCUCGGUCAAGUCCAACAUCGGCCACGCAGAGGGUGCAGCUGGAGUAGCCGGCAUCAUCAAAACCGCUUUGAGUCUUCAUCACGGACAGAUUCCAAAAGUGGUUCACUUCAGGCAAGGGAACGAAAAUGUAGACUUCGAGGCACUCAAAGUGCGCGUUCCGGCAGAACUGACCCGCUGGCCUAAGGGAGCCAAGAAACUGGCUGGGUGCAGUUCGUUUGGCUUUGGGGGAGCAAACGCCCACCUCGUCCUAGAAGGAGCCCCCCAACCAGUCCAGAGAGGGGACAGGGGGUCAACCUCGUCAACUACCCAAUCUCAGAUGCAGCCGGAGCGAGAGGUCAUCGUUCCUAUGAUUCUCUUCCUGUCAGCUGCCAGCAAGGACGCGCUGAGGCAGCGCAUGCGAGACUGGAUCGGUUACCUAAACGACGUGAUCGGGAACGACUCGCGGGCCUUCUGCAACGCCCUCUGCACGGCGGCGGUGCGGUCCACGCACCACCAGUUCCGGCUGGGCGUGAUCGCACGGACAGCACGGGAAGCGGCUGAACAGAUUCGCCUAAAGGUGGAGCAUGACCCGCGAGUGGCUUACAACGUUAUCGAGGGUAAGACACCAGAAGGCAACAACAGCCAUCGGUUGGUGUUUAUCUUCGGUGGGAUGGGAACGCAGUGGUGGGGAAUGGCAAGGCAACUGAUGGACGAUGAACCGCAGUUCAAAAGCGUCAUUAGGAGGAUUGACAAGAUACUGACCAAGUGCGGUGCUAAAUGGUCUCUACUGCACAUACUGACCAAGGAAACAGACCGCGAUAAAAUCAACCAAACAGAAAUCGCUCAGCCAAGCAUCUGUGCGGUCCAAAUUGCUCUCGCCGAAUUAUACCGUAUGCGUGGAGUCACCCCAGACGCUAUCAUUGGCCACAGCGUCGGAGAAGUAGCAGCUGCAUACGCUGCAGCUCUCCUUUCAUUGGAGGACGCCAUAAAAGUCAUUUACAUACGUGGCAGGCAACUGCGCAAGACAAGUGGCCUGGGUGCCAUGGUAGCAGUCCUGCACGCCGUAGAUGAAGUACAAGCCCGUCUUGAGAACAGUGAGUACGUUAGUGUCAUUGACAUCGCAGCAAUUAAUAGUCCGACACAGGUCGUUCUGUCUGGGGAUAGUGAGUCAGUUCUUGGUUUUGUCGACUCGUUGAAGAAGGACGGUAUCCGAUGUGUUUCACUUAAGGUACACAAUGCUUUCCACAGCUACCAGCAGGAAGAAAUCAGGAAGGACUUCAUUAAGAAGGCCAAGUUUUUAGAGUCGUCGAGUAGGGAGAGCAUUGGUGCCAACCCCGUCAUCCCUAUGAUGUCAACGGUUACAAACGAAUAUCUGGACCGAGACACGGCCAACAGCGCUGAGUACUGGUGGAAAAACAUCCGGCAAACAGUGCACUUCCGUGGGGCCGUUGACAAAAUACUGAAGGAGGGCUACACUAGUUUGUUGGAGAUAAGUCCUCACCCAUCUCUGUCCCCAGCUAUCAGGGACUGCUUGUCGUCAAAUCCAACCAACUCCCAACGCUUCGUGACGGGCUCACUGAGGCGUCCGUCUGAUAUCCGUGAUGUUGCGGACGACAAAGUCAAUAUCCUUCGAUCCUUGGCGCGUCUCCAUGUGGAAGGCUACCCAAUAGACCUGAACCUGCUGUUUAGAGAUAGCGAUUUCAAGGUUAUGUCUCUACCCAACUAUCCGUGGCAGAGGGUUUUAUGCUCGGCAACAACUGAGAAGAGUCAAAAGAUGUUCCGUUUUCCCGCCAAGAAUCAUCCGUUGUUAGGCAAGCUACAAACCCUGUCUCACUUCAGCAAUGAAAAUGCGCCACGGGUGUGGUGCUCUAAAUACAGCGUGUCUACUGUGCCGUGGUUGCGGGAUCACAAAUUGCAGGGUAACAUUGUCAUUCCUGCAGCAGGGCAGACUGAAAUCAUGCUUGCGGCUGCACGAUCCAUGUACCCUGACAGCGAGACAAUCACCCUGAGAGACGCCAUGUUUGAGAGGUUCAUUUUCCCAUCUAACAUGAAAGGCAUGCUGGAGAGCUCGGUGACAGUGCGGCCGCGGGAGGCUCAGUUUGCUCUAAGAAGCUUCAAUCAGGCCGACGAGAAGUGGACUUUGCACGGCAAGUCCAGCAUAGACAUUCCUGGUAAGUCACGGUUGUCAUACCACCAACUUGAAGACCAGUUCCAAUGCUUGAAGCUCGCGGUAGAUGAGAUCAGACGGAGGUGCCCAUAUGAAGUUGAUGAACAGGAAUUCUACGCAAGGCUCUGGAAGGGAGGUUUCCAUUUGGGAGACACGUUCCGGUGUGUCAACACAGCUUACUUCAGUGCUGAUUACAGUGAAGCUUUGCUGUAUGCAUCCAUCCCGGAAGCAUUAGAGAAGGAAUUCCGCAAGUAUGUUUUCCAUCCAGCUUUGCUUGACAGCAUGUUCCAAGGAAUUGGAAUAUGUCAAAUGUUUCUGGAACAGGAAAAGGCAAGGUCUUCGCACAGUGUGUUCAAAACGUGGUUCCAGGUGCCAAGGUCUGUCACAAAGGUGCGUGUGAAAGGAACAGCACCAUCACAGGUGGCUUUCCAUGUUCGCAUGACGCACAUAGAUAAAGGGGAGACGGUGGGGGAUGUUGUUGCAGCGGAUGCAACAAACCAGUGGGUUUUUGCUCAAGUAGACCGCCUUGCCUUCGAAAAUGUUCAUUCUAACGAGCCAGAUGAGAAAGUGCAACUUUGGAGGAGAGAAUGGGCGCCGAUCCAUGUCGAGUUUUCUGAAACGGCAAUACACCAGUUACCUGCAAAAAGAGCACCCUCUCGGCCUCUCAGUGCAAUCGGCUCAGAAAAUCCCGGUGCUAUCAUCAUCAUCAAAGAUAAACAAGGUGUGUCAGGGGAACUGAAGAAACGCAUGGAAGUUGACAGCGUCGUCAGUGUUCUAGACCCUAGGAUUCUUGUUGAUGGGGAUGAGCGGUUCAGACGAGUCUUACGCUCUUUGGGUCAGGUAACAGAUCUGAUCAUGUUGUCAACCCUUGACAUCAAGCAGCUUGGGCCGUUGACCGCCAUCGAUAAAGACACCUUCGAAGAGGCCCAGACCAUGACAGCUACAUCACCGAUAAGUUUGUAUAGAGCCGUGGUCAAGCACGAUGCUAAGAUAAGGCCUAGGAUGUGGAUGGUUACACGGGCAGCGCAUGCCGUGAAGGAUACCGAUGUAGCGGACCCCAUGAUGGCGUCUGCUGGUGCAGUAAACCUCACUCUCAUGCACGAAGAUCCAGAGUUCCCUCUUGUCACCGUAGACCUACCAUCUUUGCUUGAUCCAGAAGAAUCUGCCGAGUGGUUGUACCAGUACAUGCGUUCGGCGCCCACAGACGAAAAUUUCGUUUCCCUCCGACGCAAAAUGCCCAUGCAGAAUGUUGACCAUUCCAAGGAGUUGGCCUUCGAAGCUUUUGCUCUUCGCAUACUUAUGCAGCCUCAAUCGAGCUUCUCAGCUCCUACGCUGUCCACAAACUGGCAGGUUGACGUAGAUGACACAUUGAAGCAGAAGAGGCUCGUGGUAAAGCAGAAUCAAGAAGCGCCAAAGACGAAAUGUUCCGAAGAAAUUGCGGUGAAGCUUUCAGCUUUUUCGGUUCAACUAAUGAAGGACGCUCCAGAAAAAGACAAAACGUCGGGUCUCAGUUACCUCUUUGCAGGGAAAAUCAACAACUGCAGUGAGGAGCUUCAGGUACUCUUCAGAAUGAGAAACAACGUCCUUGGUCUGAGAUCAGGUGGGAAGAUAAAAGCUACAAUAUGGGCAAACGCGAGCGAGCUCGUGCCUAUUCCGGCUAAUCUGACACCCGUGGAAGCCAUCAAUAUAGUCAGGGAUUACCUUCCAGCAUUUGUAGCCUUUCACGACACGCUGAAGCUCAAUGAGAACGGGUCAGUAAUUAUUUGCCUCUCCUCCCUUCGAGACAGAGUUGGUUUGGCCACCACCCAUCUGGCGUUGGAGCAAGGGGCUAAUGUAUUCCUUCACGUGGAGACAGAUGAUGACAACAUCCUGCCGGUGGAGAAGCUUCUUGGGAUCUUAGGCGAUUCUAGAGUUGUCAUAACAUCUGGAGAUAACUUUCACACACUUAUCAAUGAUGGAUCCGUGGACGUGCUUCUGUUUGCUGGUGAAAUGACACAAGACAACAACAACUUGAAGAAGCUUGUUGGAAAGUUGCGUCCAUUUGGGACAAUUGUUCACAUCCACGGUCGAAACGGCAACAGCGAAUCUCGCUUAAACGUCAUGCCACCUAACAUUUACUUUCUGUCAAUUGACAUGGGGCUAGGCCGGUUUGACGAAAUGAAGCCAAGACUGCAAGACUCUAUGAUUCGCCUCUUACAGAUGUUCAGCGUGCAUAAUGGGUUUCAAGCGCUGAAGUCCCUUACUGUACCUACUGCUCCAAUAUCCAAGCUCUCCAGAUCGCCACAUGCCACCGUAGAAGACAUGACUGUUUGCAUUGACGAGGAAAGCAUCCCGACAACCUUAGACUUUGACGACAUCAGUUUUACCGCCAAUGGCGAUGCUGCUUACUUAGUGACAGGAGGGUCAAGAGGUUUCGGCCUGACAACAGUCGAAUGGUUGGUGAAGUCUGGUGCACGCCACAUUUACAUCAUCUCGAGAUCGACCCCCGAGGAGGAAGCUGUGCUAAAAUUCAAAUCUUUCCGGGAUACAGGGGCUCGUAUAACACAUCUGAAGGUUGAUAUGUCGAAGGAUUACGAGGUCGAGAAGGCUCUGUCUGCUAUUAGGGAUAACGAAGAGCUUCCACUUGAAGGUAUUUUUCACUGUGCCGUAGUCUACAAUGACUGUCAUCUGCGUCAGGUCACGACAGAAACAUGGAAUCGGGUAUUGAUUCCAAAAGCAUAUGGAGCUUUAGUGCUGCAUCAGCUCACACUGAAGAUGGGUUUCUCUGUGCGCUAUUUUGUUAUGAUGUCAUCCAUAGUUGAGUUGAUGGGUAACGAGGGACAAGGGGCCUACUGUGCUGCUAACAAUUUCCUGGCAAGUCUUUGCAGUAUGCGACGAAAGCUUGGUCUGCCAGCCACUGUAAUCUGUCCAGGGAUCAUCAACACUGCAGGUCAUGCAGCCAGAGCCGGAUUUGUCCAUCACUGGGAGAAAAUGGGCAUGCAGAGCUUGCCCCCGCCAGAGAUACUGAAGGGCCUCGGUUGUAUCCUUGCUACGGACUACCCACAGCUCGGUCUCACAGGUGCUGUGAACAAAAAGGACUAUGCAAAGGCCAACAGUCCCAUGUUGUCACACCAUUUCGGCGAACCGGGUGGUACUUUCUCAGCCCUAAAAUCCCUCUUUCCUAACCGAGAGUGCUUCUUGGCCACAGACAACGAUAUCCAGAUGAGGAUACGAUUGUUGUCUCGAGCAGAAGCUCUAGACUUGAUUUUCAAGACGCUGUCAAAUCAUUUAGUGCAGCGUCUUGGUCUCAGUGCCGAUGUCAGUCAAGAUGCAACACUUCUGUCCAUUGGUCUGGAUUCCCACAUGUCAACAGAACUUAGUGGUGUUAUCCAGGAAAGCUUUGGGGUCACAAUGACAGCUAUGGAGCUGCUGAAUGAUACUCUGACAGUCAGAAACCUGACUCAGAAUGUAUACACCAAAGUGAUGAGUUGUGCUUCCGAGGCACAGCAAGAGGCUGCAGCGAGCAAUGAGGCAGCUGAGAGUGUCUCCCAGCAAUUGUGGUUCAGAAUUGACGACAAGGUUCAGUCUCCUACACACCAACUCGUCUGCUUUCCUUCAGUUGGUGGUGGGCCGUCCAUGUUUGCAGCAUGGCAACAACAUUUCCAGCAGAACAAUGUGCAGCUGGUUUCCCUGAGGAUCCCAGGAUGGGAAGGCCGUGAGAACGAAAAGCCAUCAGAAAACAUGGCCGAUGUCGUGAGCCGGCUUGCUGACGCUUUGCUUCCACAUUUACAGCAGGGCCAAUUCUCCUUCUUUGGACAUAGUUUAGGCGGGCUUACGGCCUUUGAACUGGCACACCACAUGUGGAAGAACCACAGUCUCCUUCCCACCCACCUCUUCGUCAGUGCUUGGUAUGCCCCAACCCUAUCAUACCCACACCCAGAGGAGCUCAACAUUUCCAGCUCCACCUUCCGGAAGAUGCAGCGAAUUAUCUCUGCUAGAGGUGACCCAAUGAAAAUAUCUGAGCCAUUCCCGGUCAGAUUCAGUUUCUUGGACCAGUCAACACUCAAUAACCCACGCCUGAUGCAGCGUCUAGUAGGUAGCAUCGAAGCGGCCAUCAUGACGUGCAAGAAGUAUAGGUGCCGGCACCGGGAUCGACUGCCCUGUAGCAUGAUAGCCUUUGGCGGAAAGAACGACCCCUUUGUCGGUCCACAUCUCCUGGACGACUGGAGCAAGCAGGUCACAAACGAGAGCAACUUCAAGAAAGUGAUUCUACCUGGGAAGCACAUGUACCUCCAGACUGCCGGCAAGAGCCUUCUGAAGGAAAUCGGCAGCGCUCUGAGCCAACCGCAGCACCAGGAGCCAGCAGAAAAAGAGAAGCCAAUGAAGGUUGCAGUGAGUGUGCUUGAGGCUUCAGAGGCAGGGCCAUCUACAAGCAACACCCUACCGAGUGCCUCUUCAUACCACAUCGGUAAGCCAGUACCCAAACCGAGGUCCAGUUUCAGUCAAUAAACGUAAGAUGCAACGUCGAUGCAAGAAUCAACUUGUUGCAAGUUUCUGUUUAAUACACUGCUUUCAAAAAAGUUAAGGACCACCGUUUUUUUAACUUGUAAUUUUUUUUCCAAGC